AUGGCAGGUUCGUAUUUCCUACCUGCUUCUGUAUUUCCACCUUCCUACGCGCCUGCUGGACUAAACUCUCGGGCAAGCAGGUUCCUAUUUCCCACCUGCUUCUGUAUCUCCACCUUCCUACGCCCCUGCCGGCUUAAACUAUCGGGCAAGCAGGUCCCCCCCCGCCCCCCCACCACCCUCACCCUCACCUGCGCCGGGGGGGGACACGCCCUCACCUGGGGGUUCUGCUCCCCCUGCCACGGUACAGACCAGGGAGGGCCAGAAGGAGGUUUUGUUUUUCCCCUCUCCGAAGCUUCUCUCAUUGUGAAGGAAUGCAAAUCAACAUGCCCAGAGGUGUCAGAAGAAUCACUUCAGCUGUGUCUGCAUGAUGUAACUGGCGCCCACACCUGCCACAGUGUUAAUGCCUCCAGAAGAAGAAGAGGAAGACAACAACAACAACAACAACAACAACAGGAACACACAAACGCUGGAACAAAAACUCACACCUCAAAAAUUGACAAAAACACCAAAAAACACCAAAAAAACACCACAAGAAACACCAACACGUACAGGAGAGGAUGGGGGGACCUUGCCCUACCCACCACUGACCUGACCUGCCCUAACCUGCCCUACAAUUGCCCUAUGGAGUGCAAAAUAGAGGGGUAUCCUGUCUGCCUCCAUCCAGACGAUCCUUCGCAAAGCUCCGCCACAUUUUGGAUAUAUUUCGCCAUUAGAUUUACUUCUAUGUUCUUCCUGGCCUCGUCCUUCACUAUGAUGGACGCCACCAGCCUCGCCUUAGUGAAGCAACACAAGGCGGAGUUUGGCAAGCAGCGGAUUUUGUCCACUAUUGGCCAGGCAACCGUACCUCUCCUCGCUGGAAUACUGGUUGAUGCCCACAGCGCCUCUCUAGGAUAUUCUGAUUACAUGCCUGCUGUGUACCUGGGAUGCAGUCUCGCCCUUGUGGCUACCUUCAUUGUGAUGCGCCUUGAUGUGGAGGUUGAGACAGGCAGCGGCAGUGUGGUGAAGGAUUUAAAACAGCUGGUCACCAAAAUAGAGAUUGACCUGUUCCUUUUCAUGAUUCUAAUCCUCGGCUCGAAUUGGGGAUUUAUCGAAAGUUACUUGUUCCUGUACCUUAUAGAGCUCAAGGCACCUAAUUACUUGCUAGGGCUGACUCUGACCGUGGGGUGCCUGACGGGAGUGCCGGUGAUGUACGUGGCAGACAAAAUCAUAUCGAAAGUCGGACGCCCUGCCAUCUUCAUCAUUUCCUUCUUCUGCUACGCUGCCAGACACUUUGGUUAUGCCUAUAUGACUGAUCCGUGGCUAGUCUUCCCUUACGAAUUGUUGGAAAUAUUCACGUAUCAAAUUAUGUGGGUUGCGGCUGCCACAUACUGUCAUAUACUUGCUCCAAAGGGUCUUCUUGCUACCAUGAUGGGGCUGGCAGGGUCUACACAUUACUCCCUUGGACGUGGGCUAGGCUCCCUGAUGGGCGGGUACCUGAUCGCCAACGUGGGACUUCAAGGGACGUUUAUGGUUAUGGGGUACAUUUCAUUGGCUAGUGGGGUUUUCUACACGUUUGUUCACUAUUUCUACAUGAGGAGGAAGCUGAAAGGAGGCAAAGAAGAAGAAGAAGAGGAAGAGGAAGACCAGGAUGAGGAGGAGAAGGAGGAGAAGGAGAAGAUGAUGGAGGAGGAAAUGCCAAUGAUGCAGUUAGGCCUACGGAGGCUCAGAAGGCUUUGCACCCAUCCAGCUAGGCCUACGCAGGGGGUCUGAGGGAGGCCUACACUUCCCUGGGUCUCGGAGGGCAUCUGAUGUUUGCCUGCCUUGAAAAAUCUCUCUCUCUCUCUCUCUCUCUCUCUGUCCAUUUUUUUCUGUCUGUCUGUAUGUCUGUCUAUCUGU